AUGUUUUGCGUGCCUCUUUCAGCUUUCGGUCCUCCUUUGAACCUUAUCUCUAAGACAUAUAGCGUGCAUAUUUGUAGGUUUUGCUGGCAUCGUCUGCUUACGGAUGAAAACGGUCUCUGUCCUGCUUGUCGGCAACCGUAUCCGGAGGAUCCUGUUACAUUCAAGCCAUUGUCGUGCGCGGAUGUUCAACGGAUUAAGGAUGAGAAGCGGUUAAAGCAGCAGGCUGAGAAGCUGCGAAUUUCUGAAUCACGGAAUCAUCUAGCUAAUUACAGAGUUUUACAGAAGAACUUGGUAUAUGUUGUGGGACUAUCUCCGCGUGUGGCCGAUCCAGACACGUUGCGGAAACCGGAGUAUUUUGGGAGGUUUGGGAAGAUUCUCAAGGUUGUGGUUGGUACGGCGCCUACUGCUAACCACCCUCAUGCACAACCUAGUCAUACCGCUUAUGUGACGUAUAGCAAGGUCGAAGAAGCUUUGAGAGCUAUACAGGCUGUUUGUAAUGCUCAACUAGAUGGUCGAAUAGUGAAGGCCUCGUUGGGUACAACGAAAUAUUGCUCUUCUUUUUUACGGAGUCAGAAAUGCUUCAAACCGGAAUGUAUGUACUUACAUGAAAUAGCUGAUAGUGACAUCAGUUUCACAAAAGAGGAUAUGCACAUGGGCAAGCACGCUGAAUACGAGAGGAGGUUGAUAGAUACGGUAUUGAAUCGAUCAUUAGCACAGCCGCAAGAGAAGCGAACCCAACCGUGGGGUUCGAAUAAGAAUAAUAUAUGUUGGGAACAGAAUGGCAGCGAAACGAGUGAAGAAGCUGAUCAUGGGCGAGACGGGGGAUAUAAUGGUGGUGAUGAGUCACCGUCCGGUGAUCCAACGCCAUCUGAAGCAUUUGGAUCUCGGGAACGGCGGUCUUCCACCCAAGAUAAGGAGAAUAUUCCGAAACGUGGCAAAGUCAAACAGACUACAGCAUCGCCUGCUCGUUAUACCCCGGCCGGAUCAACGCCACCAUCUUCAUCACCACCGCGAGAACCGACGCCACCUUCCUUGGAUUAUAAAACUCCUCAGCCCGAGCCCGUUUCUGAAGCGAAGCCGCCGUCGUCGAGAACAGUGGAGCAGUCAAAGCCAUUUAAUUCUAUUUAUAAUCAAGAUACAGAGUCCAAGUUACUGCGGUUAUUAUGCGGUAAUGAAGAUAGCGGGGCAGGUAUGGUCCCGGCACCUGCACCCGUAAGUGAGGCGCCGGCUCCUCUUGUAAAUUGGCAGACAUUGCUGGGUCUUUCUCCGCAAGCUGCAGCCGGCAAUCACACGACACCGACAUCUUAUGCUUCUUCCACGCUACAUCCGCCGACUACACCACAGAAAUCACUGGUCUCAACGCCACCGCCAGGUCUUGGAGGCUUCACAUCGGAUGACGACCUUGGGUUCGAUCCGUUCAGUGAGUCAUCGAAAGGCUUGGCGAGGUUGCUCGAAGAAGAGGAAAAGUCGUCCAUCAUCACUGUUCUCUUCGGUGAAUGCGGCUCAGCCACCUCAAGGAUCACCAUUGGACAUGUUCGCUGGCUUGAUGAACAGCCAUCAGCACCUAAUCAUCACCACCCGCAACAUCAUCAAGUACAUCAGCCUCAACAUCGACAACAGUUUGAUCCUUACUGUGCACCUCCUCCCGGACUUACACCGCCACAGCGAUCCUCGAUUUCGUCGCAGUCGAUUUCCGAUUGGCAGGAAGGUUUGAAAGCACUGCUCCCGAAUGUGAAUGUACGUUUCGUGAGUGAUCUCGAAGGUGCUCACAACGGCAGUAGUUUGCAUCAUCUUCACCAACAACACGCAGCCGCACAUCACUCGUCGUUCGGUGCCAGAUGGCCGCCAUCAGCCUACGGUCUCGAUGUCAACGGACGCACAAAUCCGCAUCACAUUGUUCCCCACGCUGUUCCACCACCACCCGGUUUCUCGGUGCCGAAUCGAUGA